AUGGCUACUCUCAACCCUCACCUGCACGCGGGCUUGGCCACAAGAGAGCGCGCUGCAAUGGAUGCAGACUUUCAAUUCCGGCACAAUCCCCACGAGCGUCGUCGUCGCGCCCUUGCUGAGCUUGACGAAGCCCCCUUUACAUGGGCACAUCUCCACACCGUUAUCAUCGCCGGCCUAGGCCUCUUCACCAGCGCUUACGAAACUUUCGCCAUCAACCUAACGGUCACCAUGCUGGGUAUGGCUUAUUGGCAGGGCGAAGACUCUAGCUCUGGUAAGAUUCCUUUCAGUGUGGAAACUGCCAUCAAGGUCGCUACUCUUGCUGGCGCUGCGAUCGGUCAGACCCUCUUCGGUUGGCUCGCAGACCGUAUUGGCCGCAGACGCAUGUACGGCUAUGGGCUGAUGGUUAUUAUUUUUACUACUCUGGCUCAAGUUGUGUCCUCCUCCUCUCGUAUCCCUACUAUGACUGGUCUUUUUAUCUUCUGGCGAGUCAUCAUGGGCGUUGGAAUUGGCGGUAACUAUCCUCUUUCUUCUGUGAUUACUUCUGAAUUUGCUACUACUAAGUGGCGUGGUGCCAUGAUGGGUGCCGUCUUUGCCAUGCAGGGCCUCGGCCAAUUUUCAGCCGCCAUAGUCGCCUUGGCUGUCACGGUUGGUUUCAAACAGCCCUUGGAAAGUGCCAAGGAUAUUUCUCACUGCACUGGGGCUUGCCAGCUCGCUGUCGACAAGAUGUGGCGUUUGACCAUCGGAGUAGGGGCCAUUCCCGCCUGUUUUGCACUUUUUUACCGUCUGGCAAUUCCCGAGACGCCACGAUUUAGCUUUGACGUCACCCGCAACAUCGUUAAGGCCGAUAAGGAUGUUCGCAAAUACCUAAGGAAACGAAGGGAGAGCGGCACAAGGGAGCCCCUGUACACCCCUCCCGUGCAGAUUGGUAUCCCCGACUUUGGUCCUAAGGCUAGUUGGUCCGAUUUCUACAGUCACUACUCCCAGUGGAAGAAUGGUAAGGUUCUUCUUGGUACAACAGUUUCUUGGUUUGUCCUUGACAUUGCAUUUUACGGUCUUUAUCUGAAUAACUCGAUUAUCCUGGGCGCUAUUAACUGGACUAGUGCCAACAAUGUUUACGAAGUCCUGUAUCGCAAUGCCGUCGGAAACCUUAUCUUGAUCUGUGCUGGUGCCAUUCCUGGAUGCUUGGUUACUAUCGCCACUAUUGACAAUUUCGGACGCAAGCGUAUUCAACUCCUGGGAUUCCUCAUGCUCUCUGUCCUUUUCGUCGUGAUUGGCCUUGCUAACCUGGGCCAAAAUGACAGUGGCCUACUUGCUCUUUACCUUUUGACACAAUUUUGCUUCAACUUCGGUCCCAAUGCAACCACUUUCAUCGUGCCCGGUGAGUGCUUCCCCACACGUUACCGUGCCACCGCUCAUGGAAUCAGUGCAGCCGCCGGUAAGAUUGGUGCCAUUAUCGCGCAGUGCGUCUUUGUUCCCCUUGUUUACCGGGGCGCAAAGAUGCCCGGUGACGCGCCCUGGCUCAACCAUGUUAUGCAAAUCUUCUCCGGGUUUAUGUUUUGCGGUUUCGCAACGUCCUUCUUCAUCCCCGAGACGAAGCGUCAGAGUCUGGAGGUAGUUUGUGGAGAGAUGGAUCCACCUCCUCGAACGCAGUAUGCAUACGUCAGAGAUGGAAUCCUCCUUCAAGAAGUUGGGCCUGUGGGUGUUUCCGCCGCCCCAAAGCCUUAG